UGUGAUAAAAUUUCUAGGAAAAAACACACACAACCUCCUUCCUCCCUUCCUUCGGGGAGGGAAGAGAGUGAGAGUGGAGAGAAAUCUAUCUGAGACAGAACAGGGACAGUGAGAAAAAUAUGAGUGGGAGAGGGAGAAGAAGAAGAAGGAGGAGGAGGAGAAGGAGGGGGGAGCAAAUUAAAAGUUGCCAAAUGGAGAUAUUGGGUUUCAAGAGGAGUGAGACAGGACAAAUAAAGGGUGGUGGUUAAUGAAUGAUUCCAUGCUCGCUGUCAGAAAGCUGUGUCAUGGAUGAUGAGGACGAUCGCCGUCUUCUGGAUAUUAUAGGGGAUGUGCAGGCGUUGAAUGACUACCUCCACGGCUCCACCAACAAGUCUAUUGAGGAGGAUGACGUGACGAACGCAGCUUACGGCUCUGCCGGAACCUUCUUCACCAGUAACACUGCUGGCUCUAACUCCGGCCUCAAAGAUGAAGAGUUUGAGGAUUCAGCAGGGGUGGGCCUCCAGCUUUCCAGUAGCCUAUCGUUCAUUGAGGAUGAGCUGGGGGGAGAAGCUUCUCCAGGAGGAAUGGAUCUUGGCGGAGGAGAGGACCAGCCCUUUGACAUCCUGCAGAAGUCUCUCAUGGAGGCAGACAUCACUGAACAGACUCUGGAACAGGAGGCCAUGCUAGACUCCCAACCACCUCCCCCUCCUCUCCCCUCGGCCCCCUCCCCAUUCCCCCCCCAGCUGGUCUCGGGGGGGUAUGGCAGCGGGGUCACUACAUCGACUGCAGCUUUUCCCAGUGGUCAGUUCCUCCAGGGUGUGUCCCAGCUGCCUAAUGGCCAGGCAGGGGGGCACAUCCAGGUGUUGGGGUCCUUUGGCGGGGGAGGGGUCCAGCAGAUCCUCCUCCGGCAGGGUGGUGGGGUAGGGGGGGCGGUGGGGGGAGUAGCAGCAGGGGGGCAGGUGUUUGCCACUCCCUCCCCAGUGGGCCAGGUGAACCAGGUAGGCUUGCCCUUUAAGAACAUCCCCCUGCAGAAUAUCAUCAUUCAGAGAGGACCUGGGAGCGCCCAGGCCCUGGUCAGACCUAUCCAGCCCAAACCCCUUCAAGCUGGGGCUCAGACAGUCUAUAGCCUGGGACUCCAGACCACAACCACCACCAUGGUUAACACCGCGGCCCAGGGACACUACACAGCUAACGGCUCCAUCCUGGUCCACUCUCCCUUGGGGCAGCAGAACCAGGGACAGCAAGGCCAGGCCAACCUGCCCCCAGGGCAGUACCUGGUCCACCACAAUGGCCCCUCAGACCCAUCCCAAUCAACCCUGCUAGCCAAUCAGAACACAGUACAGCUCGUCGCCGGGCAGAACUUCACGGCGACGGCCGGAGGUCAGCUGAUCCAGGUGGGAGGCAGCCAGGUGGGAGUAGGAGGAGCCAUGACCCAAACAUGGCAGAAUUUUCCUGGUACGAACCCUGCCCCAGUACAGGCGGCAUCAAACCAGGGGCGUCUGACGCUGGUUGGAACGGCGACUGGGGUUCGAGGGCAGGUGUCGGGCAGCCCAGUGCAGCGUCUCGUACUGUCUCAGACUCAGAACAGCAGCUCCCUCUCCCCCAUGUCUCUCUCUGGUACUGCCUCACAGGAACAGGAGUACACACAGGACAAGCAGGCUCAGACACAGCUCGUCAACCUCCUUGGAAACAAAGCUGUGAAAACAAUGACCUACAUCAGCCAAGACGCCCCGCUAAACACACAGGGCAGUGCUCAGAAGAGGCCGGCCCCUCAGCAGCUCACCAGAGGAGGAAUGAUGCUACAGCAGUUGAGGAUGGAUCAUUCGGGGGUUCUGUCACCUGACAUCGCCCGCUUCACCUCAUUGGAUGAUGCACUGCACAGACUCCUCCCCUACCACGUGUUCCAUGGAGCUCCGCCCAACAGGGAAGAGUUUUCCCAAGUGGAUGAUGAGUUUGAGUCGAUGGCGACUCAGGUAUUGAAGAGGACUCAGGUCAUGAUCAACAAAUACAGACGACUGCUGAUGGUGGAGGCUGAGCGCUCCAGUCCCUCCUCAGAGAUGGUGAUGAUUGACAGGACCUUCAACCAAGAGGAGCGCCAGAACCUGACACAAGACAAACGUAUGAUACUGGUGGACCCAGAUGGCUUCUUGGAAGAUUUCUGCUGUGGGGUAAAGACAUCUCCCCUCUCUCUACCCUGCCUCCCCUUGGACCCUCUCUCCACCCCCUCGUCCAGCCACGGCGGUAGACAGACAGACAGAGGGGCGACCACAGACCCCCCUUACAGGACAGACCCCCAGUCGGGCUAUGGAGACCCGGGGGGAGGAGGGAGAGGAGGAAUAGAUUCUUUUAAGAGUAUCAUGGACCUGAGGAGGACUCAACAUAGCAACUAUGGAAACAAAGCUGCCUCUAGCAACCACAGCAACUAUCUCCAUGGCAAUGUGGCUGCUACUGCCACAGCGGCGAUGUCGACAGAGCCGGUACAGACUCAGUUCCUGUCUCACCUGUCCUCCUCUCACCCCCAGGCCCCCCUGCCCCUCCCUCCCACCCUGCCCGACACAGACUCGGUUCUAGAGGCAGCUGUGAACAGCAUUCUAGAAUGUUAGACAGACAGAUUUGACAGACGGACGUGCCACCAUUCCAUCUCUCUCACCCCCCCCCCCAUCCUUUGCCCCGCCGGCUCAUUCUUGGGGCUACUUGUUUGUUAUUGUUUAUUUUCUUAUUUUGCUCUCCCAUUGUCAGUCCUUUUCAACCAGCUCUGAGUUAGUUACAGUCAUAGAAAUAUAAUCUAUAUUAUUUUUUCUAUGGUUACAGUACUAUGGUUACUGUAGGACAACCAGGGGUCAUGACCUGUGUUACAUCAUGUCCUGUUGGGUGUGAGCCGGAAGAAGAUAUCAACCCCCUGAACCCCAACUUUAGCCACGUGUAAUUAUGCUGAAGUUUAGGGAGGAAGAAUAUGAUGAUGAUUCUGUGCCUGAGAAAUUCUAUGUUGUCCUUCAAAUGUUUACAUGAAGAAGCCUUGUAAGAAAUGUCCUUUAAUUUUUGCACCUGCCAUUACACACCUUCACACACUGAAUAUACCAAACAUUAGGAACCCCCCCCCCCCAUGAUAACAGCCUCAAUUCGUCGGUGAAUGACUCUAUAAGGUGUCAAAAGCGUUCCACAGGGAUGCUGGCCCAUGUUGACUCUAAUGCUUCCCACAGUUGUGUCAAGUUGACUGGGAUGACCUUUGGGUGGUGGAACAUUCUUGAUACACACAGGAAACUGUUGUGCGUGAAAAAUCCAGCAGCGUUGCAGUUUUUGACAGAGACCGGUGUGCCUGGCACAUACAACCAUACCUCUUUCAAAGGCACUUACAUUUUUGGUCUUCUGAAUGGCAAACAUACACAAUCCAUGUCUCAAGGCUUAAAAAUACUUCUCCCCUUCAUCUACACUGAUUGAAGUGGAUUUAACAAGUGACAUAAUUAAGGGAUCAUAUCUUCCAUCUGGAUUCACCUGGUCAGUCUUAUGGAAUGGAAAGAGAAGGUGUUCUUAAUGUAUUGUAUACUCAGUGUAUAAUACCAUAGUCAUUUGAUGGAUUUGACAACUACAAGAAAUAUAUUGUUCUUUUUCUGUUCUAUACUUCAGUUUUCAUAUUCAAGCCAGAGAGACUCACUCACACUCUGAGUGUCUAACUACUAAAGCAGCUUUUGGUUUUCUGUCAGUUUUUGAAAUGUAUCUUUGACAUUUUUCUUAUGUACCUUAAAGGUAUGUGAUGCCCCUCCGCGCGCGUACACACACACACACACACACACACACACACACACACACACACAUUUUGUUCUUCUAUCCUUGUGGGGACCUAAAAUUAAUUUCCAUUCAAAAUCCUAUUUUACCUAACCUUAACCCCUAAACACUUGUUGUGUUCGGGUUCUGCGCAUGUGACAAAGUUUGAUUUGAACUCCUAACUCCUAAACCUAAUUCUAACCAUAAUUGUAACCAUAACCCUAAACCUAACCCUAAACUUAAAAUAGCCUUUGUCCUCAUGUACCCAAAAGGGUUAAAACAGUAUUUAUUUUUUACUAUCCCUGUGGGGACUUUUGGGGGUUUUAGGUCCCCACAAGGAUAGAAAAACCAACCCACACAUCAAACACACACAUUUUGUUCUAUCUUCAUGGGGACCUAAAAUUAAUUUCCAUUCAAAAUCCUAUUUUUCCUGACCUUAACCUGGAACCCAAACCCUGAACCUAAUCCCUUACCCAAACCCUAAUUGUAAGCAUAACCCUAAACCUAACCUCUAAGCUUAAAAUAGCAUUUGUCCUCAUCGGGAUGUGGGAAAUGUCUCCACAAGGGGAGAAUUUUUUUUCUUGUUUUACUAUCCUUGUCCCCACAAGUAUAGAAGAACCAAGACACACACACACACACACACGCACACACACACACACGUGUAUUGGUGUUGGGGGGAGCUAACUCCUCAGAUUGAGGGAAAAAUGUUACGACAUGUUUAUCUUUUUUUAUUUAGAUUAGAUUUAGUUAAUUUAAAAAAAUGAAACAUCACUAUUAUUUGUGUUGUUAGUGAUGUUUGUCCCAGCGAUGUCAACACGCAACCAUGGCAAUGUCUUACUGUCAUGUGAUACAAUGACCCUGGAAGGUCAUGGAUUGUAUAUGUAUGUCCACUCUCUGUGAAGGUGUGCUGGUGUGUUCGUUUGUUGUGUGUUCACUCACCCCGGUUGAAUGUCACUCGUUCCCUAGCACACUUAGUUUCCCCUCCUCCACUCUAUCCUUCUCUCCCUCCCCACAGUUAAGAGAUGAGAGACAAGUGUAUGUAAACUCUGCUUUUAAACUGACUGAAGGCCUUAGAUAGAAAGUGUCUUCUGUCUGAGUGAGUAAGGGCUUGAAUGGUCGUGUUCUCCUGCUCAAACGUCGCAUACAUCAACCAAUGGUUGCGUGCCACGUCCUUGACUGUGCCGUGGCGUCGGGCACCAGAUUGCUAGAAUAUAUGUGGCACGUCUAUCCUAUCCAGGUGUUGUAAGGUCUUCAUGUGCCAGCAGUGUCUGAGCAGAGGAACACAACCACUGGGUGUGGCCUUCUCAGCCCUGGUCCUGAGGACCACUGUGUCUGCUGGUCGACACUCAAAUGACACACUAUUCCCCAUAUAUUUUUACCCAGAGCCUAUGUAACUCACCCUAUGUAACUCACCUUAUGUAACUCACCCUAUGUAACUCACCCUAUGUGACUCAAAAGUAGUGGACUAUAUGGGAAGUACUUUCACACAGGAGUGUCUUGAGGGAUUGAGGUACGAGGCUAUGCCCUUUCUGCCAAGGAGAGCAAUACAUUUCUACUUUCUUGACCCGUUUUCACUGUUGAAUUUCUUUUGGUCUGUCUCACUAUCUACAUGAUUUGUAUAGGGGUUUUUUUGGUAGAAAAAAUGAAAACGUGAAACACAAAAUAUUUAUAAUUUUUUGUAAGGAAAACCCCAGAGGAAAAACACGAGAAAAUGAAGUUCUUUUUUUUAUUCUGUUGGCUUUGAAGUGUUCCAAGAGAAAUUGUUACAAAAUACUGUCAGUUGUUCAUUUCUAGUUUGUGUGUUUACUACAACAGCAAAAAUAGGUCAAUAAUAAAUUCAUUUUGAAUACAAUCAUAAA